UUUUGGCGCAAGUUGUGCAUGAUGCGAGGCGUGGCGCGGUGGCUCAGGACGGCUGGCGACGACGACGAAGAAGACGACGAGGAGGAAGCGUAUGUGGAAGAUAUCGAUUCAGAGGAAGAUGAUGGCGAGUUUAUCGAUGGCGUCAAACAGAGGAAGGACAAGACUAUGAAGGGAUUGGCGGCGGCGGCGGUCGGGAAGAAAGCUCGCAAGAAGAAAGGCCAGGACGAUAAAGGACAACUCCGCAUGAGUUUCUUCGUGCAACGGGACUCUCCUAUCCAGACCACGUCAUCGAAAGGUGGUGGAGAUGUCUUGAAUGCUCGCAUCGCGGGUUUGAACGAUGCAAGUCAUCCAACUGUCGAGGACAACAUGGAGGAGGCAACCAACCCAACCGAUGCCGACCCGAGCAUCAUCUCUAUCGAAGAUGACUCGUUUGUACAUGAAGCUAAUGCGGUUGUUGCAAGUGAAGAUACCAUAGAGCCUCAACCAAACACUGCUGUGCCUGAUGAACGCGGCGACGACGAGGAUGGUUCCAGUAUCGACGUCAAGGCAGCGGCGUCGCCGGCAAGCUCCCAUGAAGAUCCUUCCAUGUCCAACCAAGACAGGCCGGAAGACGAUACGGUUGCGGGUCGACAAACUGCGAGCAAGCGCAAGCAGUCGGCCGUCCAUCCAUCCUCGUGCACAACCAACAACAGCAACAUGCAUCUUGCUCCUCCCGCCACGGUUCCAUCUCCUUUGAAACGGCGGCGCGUAAAAGCAAAUGCUGGUCCAACAACCAUGGACGAAACACAGGCAAAACUGCGACAACGUGGUGGCGCCCCGUCCGCAUCAACGUUGCUGCCACCCCAACGGCGAAACAAUCCCGUGCGGGAUGCCCAACUAGCCAAGGAUGUCGUCCUGGGCGACGUGGAACUCGUAGAGCCGGCGCGGAGGACGACGUCGCGGCUGCGGACGCUGCGAUCAAAUGACAUGUGCCGCAUGCUUGUCGUGGCCGAUCCCCCCCCUGUGGCCCCCGCACGUCGAGCUGUCCACGCCAAGAAACCAGCCACCCCGUCCAUGUUUCUCACGACGGAACAGCGGGACGCGGCCAAGCGGCAGGACGUGGCGCUCCUGGACGAACAGCGCCAAGUCCAAGCCAUGCUCAAGUUCCAGCAAGACCUCGAGCGUCGCAAAGCGUUGGACGUGGCGUUCUUUGCCGGUCGAGAGGGGGUCAACCCGUUCUUUCAACCCCCUCAACCCUUGUCGUCAUCGUCCGUGGUCACGAUAGAUGACGACGACAAGCCUGGGGAUGUUGUUCUUCUGUCGGGGGUGGUCGUGUGGAAGAAGGAGCCGGCGCCGACCUUCCCCGCGCCUUCGCAUGUGAAUGCAAUGCCUCCCGUGGCAUGGACCGUCUCCACGGAUGAUGAUGCAUGGGUGCCGCCACGUCGAGGCGGCGCCGCUGCGCCCUUGGUGCUGUCCAUCGAUGACGACGACGACGAAGUCGCUACGAUCCCCCGCGCCCGCAUGUGGACAGCUCUGCGGCACGACCAGGACGUAUACUUGCAACUGCAAACGACCCUGGACGAUGUGUUUUGGUCCUGUCGGGGGGGUAGUAGUAGUAGUACUGCUGCUCCUCGUACUUGCCUAGACAUCAACACAUCAUCCAACCACGCCAUACAGCUGCAACAACAACCAUCGCCCCCACCCCCCCGUGGGGGACUGCGGCUCCUCGUGGACCAGUACGCCCCCCAGACGUCCCACGACGUCGUCGGCAACAGACACAGCGUCAAGUGGCUGUGCGAAUGGCUUCGGGCGUGGAAGAGCUUUCGCGAUGGCAAGUCACUGCGGCGGGUGUGCGAGCAAUACCACGACCUGUUUGCGGCCAAAAACGGCGCCGACAACAACACGUACCUGUCGGAUGACGACGACGACGGCAAUGAGGACCUGCUGCACCGGGUGUUUGUGCUCCAAGGGGAGUCGGGCACGGGUAAAACGUGCAGCGUGUACGCGUGUGCCCGUGAAUUGGGCUACCAAGUGCUGGAAAUGAACGCUGGCCAGCCUCGCUCUGGGAAGCACCUCCUGGAGCUAGCAGGAGAAGCCACGCAGUCGAAUCGAGUGGUGCAGACCCCCGUGCACCUAGAUACCAAGCCCCCGUCGAAAAAGAAACAAAAGAAGGCCACAAAGAAUUCUCCCCCGCCGACCACCACAUCGUUGACGCUCGUGCUCCUGGAAGACGUCGAUCACUUGUUUGAAUCGGACAAGGGAUUCAUGGCGGCCCUGCACCAAAUAGCCAAGAACGCGCGAUGUCCUAUAGUGCUCACGUGCACGGACAUGCCCGACAACUUUCCACCGUCGCUGGGCCACGUCAAACGAACUUUUACGCGGCCGCCGUUAGCCGACUUUGAGCGGCAUGUCCAUGCGAUCGUCCGAGAUCAGCCGCCGCCUGCGAUGGCGUUGGACCGGCUCUUCCACAUAUGUCGCGGCGACAUUCGACGGGCGUUGCACAUGCUUCAAGUGCACGGGAGUGUUUGUCCUCCUCUGUCUCAUGUGCUGCGCUGGACAUCGUGCUUGUCGGAUCAAAGCAAGUCAUCGCGUCGUCCUCAUGCAAUGUCCAUCUUGGCUGCGUCCGCUGCCAUCGACGACAAGGACUUGCUCCACAGCUCGUACCUGCAGGAACUGGGACCACAUUAUCCACACGGAGACGGCAAGAAAGCCCAACAACUGGCGGAAUUGGACCGACUGGAUGCCAUGGCCGACAGCUUGUCGUUCUGUGACAGUCUGUGGACACCAAUCACCACCACCUUGUCGCACACGUUGUCGCAGGCGUCUCACUCGGAGUUUCGCGACGACAAGCUCCAUCGUGUGACCCUCAGCGCUCGACUGCAGGCGUGCCACGUCACGUUCCAAGGCCGUCCGUCGCAAUCCGCUACGUCGGACUCGACGACGUGCAUUCAGCUCGCGAUGGACGCGCACCUUCGCCAUCGAACACUUCGAGACCGACGGCGGCAGCUCGCGCAAUGUGUGUCCAAUUUGGAUGCCACCGCUUCCCCCAUCAAAGGAACGACAGUGGCCAUGCAAGGAGCUGGAGCUGUCCUGGACACCGUCUCCAUGAUGAGCAAGUUGGCCAAAGUGGAUGCUUCAACCCAUCAGCACAAGCGGAGGUCCUCCAGUCGACAUGGGUACUUGCACAAGAUCGUGUCGGACGUCCAAGUCGUCGCCGCCAUCCAGUCAUGCACUCGAUUCGAACAGUUCUAAGAGGCCUAUAUUUGUGGUCGGAUAAGGGGAGAGAGAGAAUACAUGCUCCUCGUACAGUUUCCCUAUCUACGACUGGGUGGUUGUUGCCUUGGCGUGUCGCUUGCUCUUCUUCGUCGGCGCCAAUCCAUGCAUCUUGGCCUUCAUCACAGCCGCCAACUUGGCCUGGAACUCCGUGUGUUCCAACGCCGUCACCUGCAUAUCACACACCACAUGAGGCACCCUCGCCCCAUGCACAUAAUCGACAUACCGCCGUGGAGAUUUUGAU